AUGGCGUCCACUCUGAUUUCCACUCCUAUUACAAACUCCGAUCGAGCUCGAGACUCUUCUAGAAGGAAAAAGAAGAAGAAAAUCCAAGCCAAACAAGACCACCACCAGCAGCAAGAAGCCCAGAGCCACACCAAAUGGAAAUCCGAGGCCCAGCAGCAGCUCUACUCUUCCAAGCUCCUUCAAGCGCUCAGUCAAGUCUCCAUUAACCCACCCAACACCGCUAACACCAACACCAACCCCUCCUCUUCUUCUCCUCCGCGCCGCGGCCGAGCCGUGCGCGAAGCCGCUGACAGAGUUCUCGCCGUCGCAGCCAAGGGCAGGACCCGCUGGAGCCGCGCCAUUCUCACCAGCCGCCUAAAAAUCAAGUUCCGGCAGCAUAAACGACAGAGAUCCGCCGCUGCCUCGUCGGGUACCAGUUCGACCCGACCCAGGAAGCCCAAGUUCAGCGUUUACCGGCUGAAAGGCAAGGGGUUGCCAGCUGUGCAGAAGAAAGUCCGGGUUCUUGGCCGGUUGGUUCCCGGUUGCCGAAAGCAACCGUUGCCGGUCAUUCUAGAAGAAGCCACUGAUUACAUCGCAGCUCUGGAGAUGCAGGUCCGGGCCAUGAGCCGGCUCGCCCAGCUGCUCUCCGGUUCAACUUCUGGCGCCGCCGGCUCCACUUGA